AAGUUGCAGAAUUAGGUGGAAUUGAUAAAAGUCGACAUGCAAAUUCACUUAAAUUUGGGGUUGCACUUAGCAUAGUACACCAGUAUCUCAGUGGAAAUUUUGUAAAACUUGGAUUUUUAAUAGAUGACGCAGAAAAUGGGCUCUCUUGA